AUGAUGGAAGCCCUGCUACUUGACAUGGAUGGAGUGCUGGCCGAGGUUUCCCAGUCUUAUCGUCAAGCCAUCAUCGAUACUGCGCAACACUUUGGCGUCCAAGUUACGCAUGAAACAAUUGAUCAGCUCAAAUUGGCGGGUAAUGCGAACAAUGAUUGGCAGCUGACACACCGCCUCAUUCUCGAUGGGCUCAGCUCCACGAAUGCAUCUCCUACUUUAGAAGCGGUCACCGCCCAAUUUGAAUCUCUUUACCAAGGAACUGACAGUACAAAGGGCCUUUGCGAGCUUGAGACGCUGCUGAUACCGAAGGGAUUACUCUAUGAAUUACAGCGUCGCUUGCCCAAAGGAAUGGCUGUGGUCACAGGUCGACCUCGCAAAGACUGUGUCAAAUUCUUGUCCACACACGGUAUUGAAAAUCUGUUUCCAGUACGAAUUUGUAUGGAAGACUGUCCACCCAAGCCAUCGCCUGAACCGGUUUUAUUAGCACUAAAAGCACUUAAUGUAGAUGCUCGACGUGCUGUUAUGAUUGGAGACACUGUGGACGAUAUCAUUGCUGGGUACAAGGCUGGAACAGAAGUAUACGGUGUGUUAACCCCGCAGACAUAUGCUCGAUCAAUUUUAGAGCAGAAACCUUCAAGUAUGAUCACUGCAUUGAAAACAGUUGGAGCAUCUGUGGUGUUGACACCAGGACUCGGUGAGCUACUGGACCUCAUUCCACCGACUCAAGAUAAUGUUGAGGCAACAUCUAUAGCUGCAGUAAAUGGUAGUAAUCGAGAAGCCAGUGUUUCACGAAAUACUAAAGAGACGUCGAUCAGUAUUAAGUUGGCGCUGGAUGGUACAGGCAAGUCAAAGAUCAGUUCUGGAAUUGGCUUUUUGGAUCAUAUGCUCACAGCAUUAGCAAAACACAGUCGUUUUGACUUGCAACUCGACUGUAAAGGUGACAUUUGGAUCGAUGAUCAUCAUACGACAGAAGAUUGUGCGUUAUUGCUAGGCGAAGCUUUUGAUGUCGCACUUGGUGGUCGUGCUCAAAUCGCUCGCUUUGGUUCUGCGUGCGUACCUUUGGAUGAGGCUUUAGCUCGUGCUAUUGUAGACAUCUCGAGUCGUGCACAUAGUGAAAUUAACUUGCAUUUGGUGCGUCCAAAGAUUGGCAAGUUGUCAUGUGAAAUGAUUACGCACUUCUUUGAGUCAUUUGCUAGCGCUGCACGAAUAACGUUACACAUUGAUGUUCUUCGUGGCCAAAACGAUCAUCACCGUGCUGAAGCAUCUUUUAAGGCAUUGGCUGUAGCACUACGCAAUGCUGUGAAAUACGACAACACUGCAGGAAUUCCAAGUACGAAAGGCGUUUUAGCAUAA